UAACUAUAGAUGAAUUAAGCAGAAGUUACAACAAUUAAAUUCCAAUUCCAAUCCCACAACAGAAGCAUCAAUCUUUGCGCUAAAACAAUGAGAAGGAGACCUGGAAUUGGCGGGUUACAGACAGCUGCUGCUGCUAGGGAUCAAUAUCGAUUACUAGGUGAAAAUGUAGCCAAGUUAAGAACUGAUCUUAUGAAAGAACAGCUCUCCACUUUUCGCUCUCAGCUUGAAGAAUUUGCCCGUAAACAUAAGAAUGAUAUUCGAAAGAACCCGACUUUCAGGGCUCAGUUCCAUGAAAUGUGUGCUAAAGUGGGAGUGGAUCCUUUGGCCUCUAAUAAAGGUUUUUGGGCGGAGCUGCUAGGGAUUGGUGACUUCUAUUAUGAACUUGGAGUACAAAUUGUUGAGAUUUGCUUGGCAACAAGACCUCACAAUGGAGGUUUGAUCAACCUGCAGGAACUCUGUACUCUUCUUCGCCAGAAACGGAAAAGUGAUCGUGGAGCUGUUUCUGAGGAUGACUGCUUGCGUGCUAUAAGUAAGCUUAAGAUAUUAGGGAAUGGUUUUGAGGUAAUUUCUGUUGGAAAAAAAAAGCUUGUUCGAUCUGUUCCAACUGAAUUAAACAAAGACCAUAACGAAAUUUUGGAGCUGGCUCAGGCUCAAGGCUUUGUGACUGUUGACGAGGUAGAGAGGCGACUUUCUUGGACAUCUGGCCGUGCUAUUGAUGCCCUUGAUACUUUAUUAGACGAGGGUCUUGCAAUGAUUGAUGAUGGCCAUGGGGAUGGAAAACGCCGCUAUUGGUUCCCCUGUGUGUCUUCCAUAUCUUCUUCAGUAGGGGCUGAUAUUUAACAUGGAGCUUUCUCAUGCACAUUGCACUUGUACUUGAAAAACAUAAGGUGCGAAAGAUAAUUUGAAGUUACUUUAUUCUUUCACCUGCGUGAAAGUAGAACUAGCAAUGUAAAAUGAUUUGAAACUGCAAACUUCACAAGUUAAUACAAAAGAAUCACUUUCCGUCAA